GAACUUGACGCCAACGAGGAUAAUAACAUAACUGGGCCACAACAAUUGGCCAGGAUCUCUGGUGACACGACAGGCAUUACACGUCUAGUCGCAUUAUUAAUUUACUGGACAGUGCCCGGGACCCGUAGAAAAAUGAGUAAAUUGUUCAGCUCAAAAUCCAAUGAUUUUGAAAAUGAAGCUUUGGCGGUUCACAAUGACUACCGAAGAGAACAUGGAGCUCCGGCUCUUACAUUGAAUAAAGAUAUAUGUAAAACAAGCCAAAAAUGGGCCGAAGAACUCGCAAAAAAAGAUCAUAUGCAAUAUAGCCUCCAUGAAGAGUAUGGGGAAAACGUGUAUUGUGGCUGGUCUCAUGAUCCCAACAUAAAAAUAAGAGCACGUGACUGUAUUGACAAAUGGUAUAGCGAAAUAAAUGAUUAUUCAUUUGGCAAGGAACCGGAAGUGUUAACCUGUGGCCAUUUUACCCAGAUUAUCUGGAAAAACACAAAGGAACUAGGCAUUGGAAGUGCUAAGAGUAAGUCCGGUAAACUUUACGUAGUGGCACAUUACUUUCCCCCAGGAAAUAUAAGUAAUCAAUUCGUUAAAAAUGUUUUACCUCCAGGCGCUUUACAAUUUAAAUCAAAUAUAGUGCCAGUGGGCGGCUCUGCGAGAAAUUCUAGUACAUCACCACUACCUAGCCACAGAAAUAGCAAAAAUCUUGGUGAUAUUGCGUCGGAUUUAGUCAGUAAAUUUAAAAGUACCUCUGUAUCUGGUGAUAAAUUUGAAGAAGAGUUUUUGGCAGCCCAUAAUUUGUACAGAAAAAAACAUGGUGUCCCUCCCCUGGAACUAAGUAAAAAACUGAGCAAAUUUGCCGAGGAAUGGGCCAAGACUUUGGUUAAAAAGGGUCGAAUGGAACAUAGGGAUCAACAGGAUUAUGGAGAAAAUAUCUUCUAUGCUUGGUCUUCGGAUCCCGACUUCGUCGUAAGUGGGAAAGACCCGGUAGAGAAGUGGUAUAGUGAAAUAAAAGAUCACCGUUUUGGCAGAGAACCUUCCGACUUGGGUUCUGGGCAUUUUACGCAAGUUGUAUGGGAAGAUAGCAAAGAAGUAGGAGUCGGCAUGGCGAGGUCGAAAGACGGUCAUGUAUAUGUCGUGGCAAACUACAGUCCGCCGGGUAAUAUAAUGGGUAGCUUUACUAAAAAAGUGCGCCCGCCCUUGUAAUCCUUUAUUUUUUACUAAACGUGUAUUGUGUAUCAUAAUUUAAAUUACUGUGUAAAAACUAUCCAUCCAGUCUCUAUUUGUGAGUUCCUAUAAUUGGCUCUGUAUUGCUAUUCUAAAUUUAUAUUGUAUCAUUCAUAGCUGUUGGAAUUCCUUGUAUAAAUAAAAAAAUAAAUAAAUAAAUAAACCAAUGUAAUUUAUAAAAAUUC